AUUGAAUCCCAAAAACUUAACAUAAAAAAGUGACCAUCGUCUUGUGUAUAAUGAGAUGUUUUGAACCCUAACCCUAUUCCGGCGUAUGCAUCUGCUUCGCCAGCAGUGCAACAGAUAUUCUCUUCUUCCCAUUUCGCUAAUAAGAGUAUCCUAAGAUGGAUAGAAUCAGCAGGCUUCCAGUAGGUGUAAUAGAAACCAUCUUAUGUCUGCUACCGAUUCAAGAGGCAGCAAGGACAAGCAUCCUCUCUAAGGAAUGGAGGUACCAUUGGAUCAAAAUCCCUAAACUUGUGUUUAUUGAGGAUCAGUUUCAAGUAUCAACCGAUAGGGCCGAGCUGUCUGUUUCUAACAAACCAAGUAAGCGGAGAAAAAAGGCCAAGAGAAGUAAAUUUUUCCAUGCUAUAUGCCAGGUUUUGUUAAUACAUGAGGGUCCGAUCCAUGAGUUCACCCUUGAGAUGCAAGUAGAUAACUCGUGUGUUGAUAUUGACCACAUACUACUUCAUUUGUCGAAGAAAAAUACUGUCAAGAUGUUAAAACUUGAGUUAGACGAUAUGUAUGACGGGUAUAGGUUACCAUUUUCUUUCUUCUCGUUUCGUCAAGUAACAGAAAUGUAUCUCUAUGAUUGUACUCUUUUCCAUGACCCUUCAUCCUAUGAGUUUCCUUGCCUUACAACCUUAUAUUUGCGACGUAUAUCGACAUAUGACAAAACGCUCAUACGUCUUUUAUCCAGCUGUCCGUCACUUAAAAGAUUGUCUCUCCAUAGCGAUGGUGCGACUAUCAUUGGUUGUGGAGGUUCCACCAUUGUUGAUCUAUUUGAGUGUUUACCGCUGAUUGAAUAUCUGUCUGUUCGGCUUUACACCGUUGAGUGUUUUAAACCAGAGAGACUACCGAAAAAGCUUCCAACAACAUUGGUCCACUUGAAAUGCUUGCGAAUGAAGUUUUUUUGCUUUAGUCACAAACAUGGGUUGCCUUUUCUUGUUCCUUUGAUCAGAAGCUCCCCAAACCUCGAGAAACUUCAGCUAGUGAUGGAAGACAUAGAUUGGCCUGACGAAGAGGAUUUUGGCUCCUUUACACUCGAAGAUUAUUCGGAUAUUAUGUUUGAGCAUCUGAACGAAUUAGAGAUUAUACAUUUUGGCGACACAGAGAAUGAGUUGGAUUUUGUGAAGCUUGUAUUGGCCAAGUCACCUGUGCUAAAGAAGGUGAGGAUAAAUCCACAUCGUUGUAUUGAUGAGGAUGAAGCAGCGGAGAUUUUGAAAAUCCUUGUAUGUGAUUGUACCCCUUGCGCAUCACAUGUGGUAGACAUCAGCGUCGGGAAGUUUUAGUCCAAUGAGUCGUGCAUUUAGCGUGGUUUUGUUCUCUUUUGUUGACGGUUUAGCGAAAUGAACAUAUUUGUUUCAGUUUGGUAUGAGGUUUGGAUAUGGAUGAUCUUUUGCAUCUUCAAUUUGUUAAAAUGUUGUGUUUUUUCGGGUCUUA